GAGAGAGGAGGGUGCAGACCUAGAGGCAGGGAUUUGGAAGAGAGGAGUCGAGCAGGCGCCUCGCUUGGGCUGCGGAAAGUCGCGCACUCCGAGCAGCAGUUAAGUCUUUGCAGGGCGUUUUCUUCCGCGUAAAGCCACAAAGGAUCGGGCCGCCUGGAGAUCGGCUGCUGGCUUUGGUCUGGCAGGGCAGGGAGACGCGUGUCUCGGGUCUGGGGGGACAGCUUUCUGUGCCAGGAGAAAUAAGGAAUUUAUAUUCACUUUCCUCCCAAGACACGUUGUUGCUUUGGGGUCUGGGGGUCCCUCCUUGCGGGGAGGAAGGAGCACGUGGCUUUGGAUCUGGGAAGAAAUCGCCUGAGCUCUGCAGCUCAGCCUGGCCCAACUGUGAGCAAAGAAAUUCAGAUGCUGGAUGCUGAGCAGUCCAUCAGCCCAGCAUCAUUCACGAGCGGCGCUUGGGAGAUUGCAUCUCGGAGAUAGGCGAAGUUACUUCCUUGCAAGAGAGAGAACGACAUGGCUGCAGACCAGGGACCCAAGUCAGGAUUUGGCCUCCGGCUCGCACCCACUCUGGUGCUCCCCAGGAACAAAGCGGGGGGUCAAGAUCCGGCCUGCCCCGGAGCAGGGAUUGGGAAGCCACCACGUGUGCUUCAGGCUGGAAGCAUUUGGGGCUUCCUCCACAAAAUCCCAGCGGACCAGGUGAAACCGGAAACAGGAGAGGCCACUCUUCAGCGCUGGGAAACCCAGUGGCAGGAGUUCUUGAGGAAAAUUGAGUCCCAUCCUCCCUCGGCCUGGGGGCUCCCACAGUUGCCAGAGGAGCCCACACCCUGGGAAGACACGGAGGGGUUUUUGGCCUCCUUUGAGCAAGUGGCCGAAGCUUGCCGGUGGCCCCGGGAAGAGUGGGUGGCCCGCCUCCAGCCAGCCCUCAGCGGAGAAGCCGAGUGGGCCUUUCGAAGCCUGGAGGCCGGAGACAGAGAGGAUUAUGGGAAAGUGAAGGCGGCCAUCUUGCGCGGGGACACCAUGAGCAGGGAGGAGCAGCGCCAGCGCUUCCGGCGCUUCUGCUACCAGGAGGCCGAGGGGCCGCGAGGGGCCUACGGCCAUCUCCAAAAACUUUGCCAGGGGUGGCUGAAGGUCAAGAGGCGCUCGAAGGAGCAGAUCCUGGAGCUGCUGAUCCUGGAGCAGUUCCUGACCAUCCUGCCGCCGGAGAUGCAGAGCUGGGUCAGGGGACAGGACCCGGAAAGCUGCUCGCAGGCAGUAGCCCUGGCCGAGGAGUUCCUGCAGAUGCAGCAAGCGGCCUCUCGGAGCCAGGAGCAGCAGGCUGUGGCAGAAGUGGUCACCCCACUUCCAGCAGAAGAACAGACUCUGUCUGGUGCCAAGGAAUUGAGGAGGCCCAAGCAGGAGGUCGAUGGUGGAGCAGUUGACUCCCUCAUGGACCGAGAGGCCAGCAAACUGGAAGAGAACGGCACCAUCGAGGGUUUUCAGCUAGGAGGUCCUUGCUCAGUAGACGUGCUUGAGAUCUCGCCAGGAGGAUCCCGGGAGAGCCUCUCCUUCCCAGUGGAGAUUGGUGAGAAGGGGGAACUUUGAGACUGAUUUGCCAUA